AUGGGAUCAAGUUCUCGUUGGUCCAACCAUAUUUCAAACCUUUACUUUCAAUGCAACGACAAAUCAAACUCGUGUUCGAACCUUUUUAAAUACUACUGCCAUGAAUAUUGCAAAAAAACCUAUGCUUCACCUGAAUAUGCUCAACAUGUUCAAUCCUAUGAAUCUCUCUUUGAUAGUUUCAUUGGAAAUUUAACACAAUAUUGUACAAGAAUUGAAGAUACUGCUCGUUCAUCGUAUAUUGUUACCUUGAGUGUUCUUGGAUUUUGUUUCCUUGUCGUGAUUCCAGUCAUGAUACUUGUCUUGAUGUUUAUCAUGAAAAGAGAUUCUCAAAAUGAAAAAUUAUUGAAUCAUACUUCUCAACAUUUAUUGAAAGAGACAUUAUUAGAUCCAGCUUUGAGAAGUGCAUUCAAAUUGUAUUGUAAAGAACGAGGUUUAGAAUCUACCAUGAAUAUUCUUGAAAAAGUCAUGCAAUAUAAGGAACAUUGUAAAAUUUCACAUUCCAUUCAAAUGAAAGUCUUUGAAUUGACACAUGACUAUGUGAAACAACACAAGGAAGAAAAACAAAAGAAGAGUGAAACGUCUAUUGGAAUGAACAUGAUCCAUACGACUAGCAGUAGUGGUAACAGGACUAUCAACAAGUCUCUCAAUUCCUCUCAAAUGCAAUUCGCGAGUGGAGAAGAUCGAAAAGCAUUAUUCAUAUUCAAAAUAUCCAAUGAAGCAGAUAAGAAAAUCAUUCAUCAAGAAUGCUUAAAAUCUCAACUCGUAUUUGAGAUUAUUGAUCAAAGUCAAGACCAUUCCAUCCUGUCAAAGGUUGGAACUCUUGAAUCUCAACAUAUUGAUCCUCAGCAAAUUCAACAUUCGGAAUAA